CGCUCCGAUCCUCAACUCCAUCAUCGCAUAUCAAGCGAGAGCAGUGAGCUUGAGUCUCGGUUAGCGAUCCACUCCACUACUCCAGUACCAGUCUCGAUCGGCUGAAGCAGAGAUGGCACUUCCUUCCCGCCGCGUGGCCGCGUCCGCCGCCCUCCUCCUUCUCCUUCUCCUAGCCACAGCAGAGCUGGGGACGACGACGGUGGUGGAGGCGAGGACCUGCAUCUCGCAGAGCCACAGCUUCAAGGGCGCCUGCCUGAGCAGCACCAACUGCGCCAGCGUCUGCAUGACGGAGGGCUUUCCCGGCGGCGACUGCAAGACACGCCGCUUCCAGCGCAAGUGCUUCUGCGUCAAGAACUGUUGAUCGGCUAGCGCUCUGCGCUUGCCGCUCGGCGACCUCCGCUUCUGCUCCUGCUGAUCGGCUACCAGUAGUCCGUCCGUCGUCGUUAUGUUGUGCGCGCGUCUGUCUGCUAGGUGUUUCCUCCGCGCGAGCGCUUGGAAUAAAGUACCGUAGAAUCGUUUGUGUGAAGCUGCUGCUGCUGCCAUGUAAGGUCGUUCCGUGGAUAUAUGUAUGUAUGCGCUGUGUGUGAUCGUUUCGAGGUGAAUCAGUGAUCAACUUCAAGGA